AUGGGUUCACUGAGUACUCUGAUUGAAGAAGCACAGGAGCACAUGAGGACUGAGGGCUGGUGUGUUAUUCCUGAUGUGCUUAGUCCAGAGCAGACUAAGAAGACACUCGAUGAGCUCUGGUCCAUAGCCGAAUCAGCCAACAAGCGCGGCGAAGACACCUUUCUGCCAUUCCUGGACCCCAACGCAAGCAAUGUUCGAGUAUUCUACCUGUUGGAGCACGCAAUCUUUCGAGACUUGAUCCGACAUCCCACAGCUGUUCAGAUGGUCAAGAGCGUGCUAGGAGAGCAGUUUCUGAUCAGUAAUUUUACUGCGAAUAUUGCUAGACCAGGAAGCAAAUCGAUGGGCUUGCACUCGGAUCAGUCUCUCGUCACGCCUGAUCCAUGGACUCGAAUCGAGGCCAUGAAUGUCAUUUGGUGUUUGACUGAUGUGCAUUUCGAGAACGGCGCGACGUUGUACAUUCCUGGGUCCAAUAAGUGGCAGAGAAGAGGCGAUAUUCCGAAAGACGCGAAAGAGAGAUUGAGGCCGUUCGAGGCGAAAGCUGGCUCCAUUGUUGUUAUGGACGGCACAGUCUGGCACACAUCAGGUGCGAACGUUACCAAGGAUCAAGAUAGAGCUUUGUUGUUCGGAUACUACACCGCGCCACAUCUCCGCCAGCAGGUCAACUGGACGAGGAAGCUCAGUCCAGAGGUCAAGGAAUCUCUUUCGCCUGAAAUGGAAGAGUGGUUGGGCGUAGGUAGACUUACCGGAUCAGCACUUGAUGCAAUACUGACAAUUGAUGCAGCUCAGCGUGACGGCGAACCUGGGUGA